GAGAAAAUGAACUCUUGGGUUCAAAUUUCACUUCUUGUCGCAUUCUUCUUGCCUGUUCUUGUCGACUCUGCUGUUCGACACUACAAGUUCAAUGUGGAAAUGAAGAAUACAACUAGAUUAUGUUCCAGUAAAUCGGUUGUGACCGUCAAUGGCGAAUUCCCCGGACCGACUUUAUACGCUAGAGAGGACGAUACAGUGCUUGUCAAAGUCGUUAACCAUGUCAAAUACAAUGUUUCUAUACAUUGGCAUGGUAUAAGGCAACUUCGAACAGGUUGGGCAGAUGGUCCGGCAUAUAUUACACAAUGUCCAAUCCAGACAGGGCAAAGUUAUGUGUAUAACUUUACCAUCACAGGCCAAAGAGGCACACUGCUAUGGCAUGCACAUAUUCUCUGGCUAAGGUCCACGGUCCAUGGGGCGAUUGUUAUCUUGCCUAAGCCCGGUGUGCCUUAUCCGUUCCCGAAACCGGACGAUGAAGUUGUUGUUGUGCUAGGUGAGUGGUGGAAAUCUGAUACCGAAGAUGUCAUCAAUGAAGCACUCAAGUCUGGAUUGGCACCGAAUGUCUCGGAUGCUCACACCAUUAAUGGCCAUCCCGGACCAAUCUCCAAUUGUCCUUCCCAGGGAGGAUUCACAUUGCCGGUUGAAAAUGGAAAGACCUAUAUGCUACGCCUCAUCAAUGCUGCACUCAAUGAAGAGCUCUUUUUCAAGAUUGCCGAUCACAAGCUCACCGUCGUUGAAGUCGACGCCACAUAUGUUAAACCAUUCAAAAUCGAUACGAUUGUAAUUGCCCCAGGCCAAACCACAAAUGUCCUAGUCUCAGCCAAUCAAAAGUCCGGUAAGUACUUGGUCGCAGCCUCCCCUUUUAUGGACUCUCCUAUUGCGGUCGAUAAUUUUACCGCAACAGCAACCUUGCACUACACGGGCACACUCGCCAGCAGCGCCACAACUCUCACUACCCCACCACCGCAAAACGCCACACCAAUUGCUAACAGCUUUACAAACUCUCUCCGCGCCCUCAAUUCCAAGAAAUACCCUGCCUUAGUCCCACAAACCAUCGAUCACAAUCUUUUCUUCACGGUUGGGCUCGGCAUCAACCCUUGUUCGACUUGCAAAGCCGGUAACGGAAGUCGUGCAGUAGCUGCUAUUAACAACGUGACAUUCGUUAUGCCUACUACGGCCUUACUUCAAGCACAUUAUUUCAACAUCAGCGGUGUUUUCACCACUGAUUUCCCCGGUAACCCGCCACACGUGUUUAACUACACCGGAACGCCACCAAGUAAUUUACAGACCACAAAUGGAACAAAGGUCUUCAGACUGGCUUAUAACUCGACAGUAGAACUUGUUUUGCAAGAUACCGGGAUCUUAGCCCCUGAGAACCACCCCAUCCACUUGCAUGGAUUCAAUUUCUUCGCCGUCGGUAGGGGACUCGGAAACUAUAAUCCGAAAGCCAAUCCUCGAAACUUUAAUCUGGUGGAUCCGGUAGAGAGGAACACAAUUGGGGUACCAACCGGUGGAUGGGUAGCUAUAAGAUUCCGUGCAGAUAACCCAGGAGUUUGGUUCAUGCAUUGCCAUUUAGAAAUUCAUACGACAUGGGGAUUGAAGAUGGCAUUCUUGGUAGACAAUGGAAAAGGACCUAAUGAGUCGCUUCUUCCACCUCCAAGUGAUUAUCCAAAAUGUUAAG